AUGGGAAAGAGCUUUCCUGAAUUGGGUUUGGAGCAACAGGACUGUUUGGCAAUGUCUUGGAUUGAAUCAGUCCUAUAUUUUGCAGGACUCCCAUAUGGGCCAGGACACUCCAUAGAUGUCCUGUUGGAUAGAGGACUCCAGGAGAAGGUCUUCUACAACGGUAAAUCUGACUUUGUGGAGGAACCCAUUUCUCAAAUUGGUUUGGAAGGGAUUUGGGAGAGGGUGUUGGAGGAGGAGAACAUGUACAUGAUCAUGGACCCUUUGGGUGGCAGGAUGAGUGAGAUAUCAACGGCUGAGAUUCCUUUCCCAUAUAGGAGAGGGGAUCUUGAUUUGGGAGUGAAUGAGGAAGGUAACCAAAGCUAUUCAACGGCUAGGAUUUGGGGUAGAAAGUAUUUCAACGGUAACUUUAAGAGAUUGGCACAAGUGAAGGGUGUGGUGGACCCCACUAAUUUCUUCAGGUCUGAGCAAAGCAUUCCACCUCUUGUUGGGAUGGAAGAGGAGAUAGUGCAGCUAGCAUUGGUUUGA